AUGUUUAUGCAGUCAAGCAUUGCGAAGAAGGGCCCGCUCUCUCGCUGGGACAUUGCGCAGGAGCCGCUGGUGUUUAAUCGGCAAUUCCUGCCGAACGGAAAGAAACCACUUGGACGGCAGGAAGCGGCGAAAGGGCUGGAACUUUUGAAACUCGGCGAUUUUGUCGGCCAAGCAGAGGACGGCAUUUUCUUCUUCAAGGAUGAGAAGCUGCUAACAAAGGAGUUGGGCACGCGCAAGAAAGCGAGGAGGGCGCUCAGGGUUUUUGCGAGCGUCCCUGCCGCUUGGAAGGAGAAAUUGGUAACGCCAAUCACGGGAGAAGAGCUUCUGGCAGAGUCGGCCUUCGUGAAGAAGAAGGGCCUGGUGGGUGCCUGGAAGGCGGAGAAAGUGGUGCAAGAUGGCCUUGCCUGCCGAGCAUGUGACUGUUUUGGCGCGCCCCUGGUGGGGGUGGCGGAGACAAUUGCGGUUCUCCCCCUGGACAAGGUGGAGCCGUUGAUGGUGAGGGGCGGAAGGGUGAUUGGAGCGGGCGGCCUACCCGAGGUACGGCUGCGCUGCUCGGAGCUCUGCAUGGAGGAUCAGGUCCCCCCUCUCAGGCAGCUGAGGUUGCUUUUUGGCGCGCAGCAAGGGGUGAUGCAGCAGCAGGAGAAGUGGUCAGACGAGUGGGGAAGUGCGAUUGACUGGAAAAGGGUCAUCAGGACUGAAAUUCCUGGAGGAGGUAACAUGCCCGCACUGUGGGGAGGAGGAGACAGCGGAGCACUGCUUGUUCAGCUGCCCUAG